AUGUCAGUUUUUGAAUAUUUAUUUGGAGUUGAUUAUAAAGUGUAUAUUGUGGACUUUUAUCAAAGUUUAAAAUUCCCAAGAGUUUUAGCAGUAAUUACACAAGAAACUCUACCGUGCCUUCGUGAAGAUGGCUCUUUAGGCCAAAAGAUCGUAUGCAAGAAUGAAUAUGGCGAACGAGUUGAAUGUCCUUCUCAGGAAAAUGAAUAUGGCGGAGAGAACGGCACAGAAAAUGAAAUGGCACCCCCAUUCUAUGCUGAUCUUGGCAAGAAGGCCAAUGAUGUAUUCAGCAAAGGCUACCACUUUGGUGUGUUCAAACUUGACUUGAAAACCAAGAGUGAGUCUGGUGUAGAAUUUAGCAGUGGUAUCGUCUCUAAUCAAGAGAGUGGCAAGGUCUUUGGUAGCCUUUCAUCAAAAUAUUCAGUGAAGGAGUAUGGCCUAACUUUCACAGAAAAAUGGAACACAGAUAAUACACUUGCCACCGACAUCACUAUCCAAGACAAGAUUGCAGCUGGCAUGAAAGUUACUCUUGAGGGUACUUUUGCACCACAAACUGGGAGCAAGACUGGCAAACUGAAGACCUCUUUUGCCAAUGAUACUGUAGCUGUUAAUACUAACCUGGAUUUAGAUAUGGCUGGACCCAUUGUGGAUGUAGCAGCUGUUCUCAAGUACCAAGGCUGGCUUGCUGGUACCAACGCUCAAUUUGAUACACAGAAGGGCAAAAUCAGCAAGAACAACUUUGCUUUUGGUUACCAUACAAGUGAUUUUGCUUUGCACACAAAUGUUGACAAUGGAAAGGACUUUGGUGGUUCUAUAUACCAGAAGGUGUCAGACAAGAUUGACUGCGGUGUCAGCAUGAAAUGGUCUGCCGGAUCCUCUGACACACUCUUUGGAGUUGGUGCCAAGUUUGCACUUGACCAGGAUGCAUCUUUGCAUGCUAAGAUCAACAACAAGUCUCUUAUCGGACUUGGCUACCAACAGAGACUACGCCCAGGUGUAACCCUAACUCUGUCUGCGGCCAUCGACGGUCAAAACUUUAAUGCAGGUGGCCACAAGGUCGGCAUCGCGUUCGAUCUUGAACCCUAG